GCCUCCCCCGCCUCCCACAGUCUACCUUUCCUCGCGCCGGCCGAAGCGCCCUGCGCGUGCGCCCUGAGCAUUCCCUCCUCCGAAGUUUCGCGAAGGGUCCCCGCCUCCCGCGCCGAAGCUUCCGCCCGGCUUUUUCCGGAAAGAGCGCGCGAGAGCCUCUUCCUUUCCCGUCAGCUCAGCGGCGGCUUCUCUUCGGCUCCCUCUCCGCUCGCAACCGCCGGCUCCUUCCUCGUCGCUUCUCAGCCAUGGCUCUGCUGUGCUACAACCGGGGCUGCGGGCAGCGCUUCGACCCCGAGGCCAACGUGGACGGUGAGGAAUAAUAGGAUAUUAUUCUAUUACAAUGGUAUCUUAGCUUUUCUGCUCUCCACUCCGCCCUCACAACCACCCCGUGAGGUAGGCCAGGCUGAGAGAGGGGGGUGGAGAGAGAGAGAGAGAGUUGCCAUGCGAGGGAGUGUGGCCUAGUGGUUAGAGCAGUCUCGCUCUAUCUCCCUACACACGUCCUCAUCCCGUUGCAUAUACUGUGUGUGUGUGUGUUUAUAUUGUAUUAUAUAUUAUUCUCUAAGGAGCUGGGGGGGGCUAUGCAGAGCUCCCCCCUCUUGACUAUCCUAAGGUCAUUCAGGGGAGUGUGGCGUAGUGGUUAGAGCAGUCUUGCUCUCUCUCUCUCCCUACACACAACGUGUGUCCUCAUCCUGUUGUGUGUAUAUGUAUGUGUGUGUGUGUGUUGUAUUCUGUUAUAUAUUAUCUUUUCUCUAAAGAGCUCAAGGUUGGGGGGUACACAGAUCUCCCCCCCUUGAUUUCAUACUCACAACAACCCCGUGAGGUGGGCCAGCCUGAGAGAGAGGAGUGACUGGCCUGAGGCCAUGCGAGGGAGUGUGGCCUAGUGCUAGAGCAGUCUCGCGCUCUCUCCCUACACACGUCCUCAUGCCGUUGCAUAUACUCUGUGUGUGUGUGUUUAUAUUGUAUUAUAUAUUAUUCUCUAACGAGCUGGGGGGGCUAUGCAGAGCUCCCCCCUCUUGACUGGCCUAAGGUCAUUCAGGGCAGUGUGGUGUGGUGGUUAGAGCAGUCUCGCUCUCUUUCCCUAUACACGUGUGUCUUCAUCCCGUAUACUGUAUAUAUGUGUGUGUGUUGUAUUCUGUUAUAUAUUAUCUUUUCUCUAAGGAGCUCAAGGUCGGGAGCUGCACAGAUCUCUCCCCCCCGCCCUUGAUUUCAUACUCACAACAACCCCGUGAGGUGGGCCAGGCUAAGAGAGAGGGAGAGAGGAGUGACUGGCCUGAGGCCAUGCAAGGGAGUGUUGCAGCCUCAUGCACCUAUGCAUGUCCUCACCCCCUAUUCUAUACUUUAUAGAUAUGUGUUUUGUUCAUAUCCUAUCUUUUCUCCAAGGAGCUGAAGGUGGCCUACAUGCGUUCCUUCCCUUCCCUUGAUUCUACCAUCAAAACAAGUGGUUAGAGGAGUCAUUGUCUCUCUUCCCCCCCCCCCCAACCUGAUGAGUCCUCACCCUCCAUGGCCGGGCUGGAAUCCCAGCUCCUGUUAGUCCUGGCCAGCAUGAGUGGCAGCCCAGGAAUGAGGGAAAAUUGAGUGUCCUGUUAGGACCAGGCAGAUUCAGGGUCAGCUUCUCCCCUCAUCAUCACCUCCCAGAGUGCCUGGGGCAACCCAGUCAGAUGGGCGGUAUAUAAAUAAUAAAUUAUUAUUAUGAAGCUCAUUGGGUGACCAUGGAGCAUAGGAAGCUGCCUUAAAUUGGAACAGACGAUUGGGCCAUUUAGCUCAGUAUCAUCUGCACUGACUGCUUACAAACACUUCGGGUUACAGACUCCGCUAACCCGGAAGUAGUACCUCGGGUUAAGAACUUUACCCCAGGAUGAGAACAGAAAUCGUGCGGCGGUGGCGCGGCAGCAGCGGGAGGCCCCAUUAGCUAAAGUGGUACCUCAGGUUAAGAACGGACCUCUGAAACGAAUUAAAUUUGUAACCAGAGGUACCACUGUAUUGUAUCUCUUUUGGAUUUUUUCCUAAUACUGUAUAGUGAUAGGGCUACUUGGAAAGUGUGUUUGUUUAUGUACGACUUGCACACUCUUCUUUCCCCAUAGCAUCGUGGUUAUAAAACUAACAAAUGUAUGUGUAAAAGACCUAUAGAAGAAAUACUUGUUUGACACUAAAUUGUAUUAGAAUAAUGUGUUCCUCCUCUCCCAUAUCACGUAGGUUGAACUAAGAUACAGCAGGUGCUCUGUGCUGCUUAUCAGCAACAUUGUUCAAAUACUUCUGUGGGAACAGGAUAGUUUCUGAGGGCUUUAAGUCAACAAUAGAGAAGACCCUGCAUCAGUUGUUUUGUCCUCUCCUGGCAUGGAUAAUGUUUUGUGCUUGUUUUGAGAACAUCAUGUUUUGUUGCCAUGCACUGAUACUGGUCUUGAGUUACAAAGCAACAUUAAGUUAUCUUGGGAGAUGAGCCUUAGUAGCACAUGUGAUACAAAUGCCCAAGCAGAAUGCAGAGUCCUGGGGUGCAAGCGGGGGAGUGCCGUUCAAGUGGUGUUUUAAAAAUAACAGAUCUAUGAUUUCACCCUGGAAACGUACAGCAUACAACCCUGAGAGGUGGUAUCACAAUAUGGCAUUAUACUAACAUAGCGAAACACAUACAGUACUCCAUACUUCCUGAAUUGAGCAGGGAGGUGGGUGGGCCAGAGGGCUUACAACCCACCUAGCCUCCAAAUCUGAUUCUAUGAUCUUACCAGGACAAGCUUAAACUGUAAAUUUGGUCUAGCGGGUGGGAACAAUGAAGUAAGAGGGGGCAACCAUAAUAAACUAGUGGAGAGGGAGGAAUGGACGAAUGACAGGGUGACUGCAAGUAAAUGCAGUUACACAUAUGGGGAAUGAGGGGAAUGAGGGCUGAGAAGUUGAAACUAGUGACUUCAUGUAAGGAGUGGUUUUGAAGCAGGGUGGAGCUGUGUAAAUCAGGUGUAGGGAAUCUUUGGCCCUCUGGAUCAUGGGUAGGCAAACUAAGGCCCGGGGGCCGGAUCCGGCCCAAUUGCCUUCUAAAUCCAGCCCACGGAUGAUCCAGAAAUCAGCGUGUUUUUACAUGAGUAGAAUGUGUCCUUUUAUUGAAAAUGCAUCUCUGGGUUAGGAAUUCGUCCGUCCCCCCCAAGAAAAAAUAGUCUGGCCCCCCACAAGGUCUGAGGGACAGUGGACCAGCCCCCGGCUGAAAAAGUUUGUUGAUCCCUGCUCUAGAUGUUGCUGCACUACAACUCCCAUUAUCCCUGGCCAUUGGCCAUGCUUGCUGGGGCCAAUGGGAGUUAUUGCAACUACUGGUGGGUGAAAGGUAACCACGCCUGACAUAAGUGAUCUGGCAUUACUGAAAAGAGCAGAAGAAGGAAGAGUUGAGUGUGGAUAUGAAUGUGGUCCCACUGUGAAGAAAUCCAAACAUUUCAUCUUUGCAAUUCUCGGCACCUUUGAGACUCCUGUUAGUCAUUAGCAUAAUUACAUGUGUGGCACCUGCAAUUUGCUUAUUUUUUCCAUCUAGACUGGUACACCCAUAGUAAUUCAGAUGUUCUACUGUAGAUACUGAUCAGUAACAACUUUUUCACUUCAAAGAGCUCAGUGUUAGGACUAAGAAUGUCAGUAGCAUGUUCAGUAUUGUAAAAAAAAUGCUGCUUAAUUUAUUUUAUAUUAUAUUUAAUGUUUUGAGGUUUGAUUGCACUGGGCAUACUGUUUAUCAUAACAGGAUAAGACGUCUUGAACUUGGAAGCAACUGGGUCUGUGCUACGUAUGAGUUCCAGAAAGCAAAUAAUGCCCAUUUUUCACUUGUAUUCUGGCAUUUAGUAACUCAUCUGGUCCUGCUGCUAAGACAGCAGAUCUGUAUCCACUAAGCUGGUAUUACAUUGUGGUCUGGAUGGUGAGAAAGGCAUCAUAUGAAUAUAUUGUCAUUAGUAAAAUAUUCUGUUAGUACUUUUGUUUGACUGGCAAGCUUAGGAAGAAAGAUAUGUUGAAGUUAGACUGUGGAAGAUUUUUAAUUGUAUCAGCAGACUGCUUCUGAAGUGGUCUACUUCUUGGAUGGGGAAAGGUCUGGAUAUGUCAGGUGUUUUGCUGGAAUAGAAACUUAAUGUUUAAGGUGCCUUACUUUCAUGUGAAGUUGAGAUGCUGUAUUGUGUUUCCUGUUGAGGAAUAAGUGCUUGCCGUGCAUCACCUGAACUGUACCUGAACUACUACUGCCUGGAUAGUGGGCACAAGUUCUUAUUUAUAAUUACUUACAUCCCACUUUUCAGGAUGCAGAUCCUGCAAGGGGGUGGGGUAAGAAAUGACUAACAGGUAAGAAAGAGAGAGACAGUCCAUUUCCUCUUUCUCCUCACUCCACAAAGUAUGCUUUGCCUAGACAUUUCAGGCAAGUAUUUUGGUGUUGGAUUGUGGAACUUUAUAUAUAAAUUGUGGGUUUCAAAACUGCCCUAUGUUUAUUUGGUUACUUGUUCUGGAAAAGUGUUAUGUAGCUCCUUGAAACUUGCUUGCACGCUUAGGAAGUGGUACAUGAGUCCAUUGCAAACACUUAAGCUGGAAUCCAAAGACCUACUUUAGGCAUGUCAAAUGAUUUGGGCACACCUGGUAGGAUCUCAUCUUUUAAAUGCCCUUCUCCUUUGAAAUCCCCAUCAGUUACAAGUAGAGUGCUUAAAGAAAUACAAGUCCAAAACACUCUACUUGAAUCCUAGCCGUGACCUCUUUCUUGUAUGGUAUUCAUGUUUCAAUUGUAUGUGAUAUAGGCAGUGCCAGUGGAACUGGGUCAUAGAAUCAUAUAAUUAUAGAGUUGGAAGGGAUCCUGGGGGGUCUCAUCUAGUCCAACCCCCUUCAAUGCAGGGAUCUCAACUGAAGCAUCCAUGGCAGAUGGUAAUUUAACCUCUCCUUAAAACCUCUAGUGAUGGAAUGUCCACCACAUCCUGGAAGAGUCCUUCCACUAUCUAACAGCUCUUACUUUCAGAAAGUUCUUCCUGAUGUUUAGUUGGAAUCUCCAUUCUUAUAACUUGAAGCCAUUUGUUCAGGUCCUACCUUCCAGAGUAGGAGAAGUUGCUCCAUCUUCCAUGUGACAGCCCUUUAGAUAUUUGAAGCUAUCCUAUCUCCUUCUUAAUAGGGUAAUCAUACCUAAUUCCCUCAACCAUUCCUCAUAAAGCUUGGUUUCCAGACCCUUGAUCAUCUUGGUUGCCCUCUUCUAUACACAUUCCAGAUUGUCAGUAUCCUCCUUAAAUUGUGGAGUCCAGAACUGGACAAAGUAUUCCAGGUGUGGUCUGACCAAGGCAGAAUAGAGUGGUACAAUUACUUCCCUUGACACUAUACUUCUGUUGUUGCAGCCUAGAGUAGCGUUAGCAUUCCCCCCUGUAGCUUCACAUUGUUGAUUCAUGUUCAUAUUGUGGUCUGCUAUUUGUGCUGCUGGUUCUUUCGGCCUAAGUUUAAAACCUUGUAUUUGUCCCAUGAAAUUCAUUUUGUUAGUUUGGGCCCAGUUCUCCAAUCUGUUAAGGUCAUAUUGAAACCAGUUCAGUAUUCAGCGGUAUUGGCUACCUGUCCACCCAUCCCCUACCCCCAGUUUGGUGUCAUCGGCAGAAUUGAGCAUCUCCUCAAUUCCUUCAUCCAAUUAAUUCAUAAAGAUGUUGAACAACAGCAGGCCCAGGGCAGAAUCCUGUGGCACUCCACUUGUCCCUUUUUUCAAAGAUGGUGAGGAACCAUUAAUGAGCACUCUUUGGAUUUGGUCAUUCAACCCAACUACAAAUCCACCUAAUAGUUUAGGCUGGGUAUUUCUACUUAUUAAAAUGUAUAUUUAAUUUUAUGCCUCAAUUCAUUUCUGGAUUUUAUAGAUAACAUGUCAUCCAGGAAAGCACACAAACGUCCAAAGGGAGUAUUUUGUAACAACCGCUUGUGUUUCCUGAAUUCUGUGUUCUGUUUCCAACUGAAAAAGUGUUCAGUGUGCUGCUACAUGAUAUUGAGCCUUAAUGAAUAUGAAAAUAUUGACAGCAAUCACAAGACUGAUUAACUUACUUUGCUAAAUAUAACCUGUAGCUUUAGAGAUGGUAUCUCUGCUCUCCUCUGCUAAUCCUUCUUUUUUCUCCUUCUUUUAGAGUCCUGUACCUAUCACCCAGGAGUGCCAGUCUUUCACGAUGCCCUUAAAGUAGGUGUACAAACAUAAUUGUUUAAAAGCUUUCCAAAACUUCAACUAAAUCAUGCUCAUGGCAAUAUUUCAAUUCCCUUCGUGACCUUUGAUGUAUCAAUCUGCUUGAGUUUGGUGGAAUGCCCACUUUUUUUCUUGAAAUAAAAGAUUUACCCUGUUUAGUUAUUAUAGAAACAUAUGCUGUUCCAGGCAGCAGUGAUCACUUGAAUGCAUUGUGUUAAACACGCUCCAGGUCUCUAUUGAACCUUAUGCUACAGUACAUCUCUCCCAAAGUAUGUUGGUGACACUUGUUAUUGCGUAUUGCUGGAUUGGAAUGUUUAGUAAGUUUUUAUUGCUUUUUAACAAAGUGAUGAUUAUCACUUUAUCUAAAAAUAAAAUGUCUUGGGAUUUUGAAAGAUUGGGCCCUACAUUGCUCUACCAGCUGUUGAAUAAUUUAUGGUCUUUUCGUGUAGCUUUGUUAUCUCACAAUGGGGAAACAUUCACUUUUUUCUCCUUAGGUGAAAUUUCUCCUUUUGAUAUUAAGAUGGUAAAUUCAUGGCUUGUAUCUUGCAGGGCUGGUCAUGCUGUAAAAGAAGGACCACAGACUUUUCUGACUUCUUAAGCAUUGCGGUAUGUAUUAAUAAUUUGUAAUGGUUGCAUUUUACUACAAAUGGAAAAUUGAAAGUUGCUCAUUUGAGGGGGUGGGAAUCCCUUAGAACAGGAAUGGGCAACAUGUGGCCUUCCAGUUGUUGCUAGACUCUGGCUCACAUUUUAGCUUAGACCAGGCAUAGGCAAACUCGGCCCUCCAGAUGUUUUUGGGACUACAACUCCCACCAUCCCUGACCACUGGUCCUGUUAGCUAGGGAUGAUGGGAGUUGUAGGCCAAAAACAUCUGGAGGGCCGAGUUUGCCUAUGCCUGGCUUAGACUGUAGUCAACAACAUUAGGGCCACAGGUUGCCCUAGACACACUUAGAAAAAUCAGGUCCUAAAACCCUGCAUUUGCUUGUAGCUUCACCUGUAGAUGAUGUACAACUGUUUGCCACUGACAUGGAGUGUUCAAAUCAGCUGCCUUCAAGUGAAGAAAGUGUGUGUCUUCUCUGCAGGUGUUUCAAUUAUUUCUUGACAUUUUGAUUAUAAAAGUGAGGCCUGAAUCAAAAGUUGUAGUGUGUGCAGUGUGUGUGCCAGCCAUGCCAUUUUCCAGGUUACUCCAUUUCAUUUCUCUCCCUAACAUUCUGUUCCAAGGUACAUGCUUAGUCCUCACGAGGCUCUUUGGUUUUUCCCCUAAAUAUUUUGUUGUGCUUCCCUGAACCUGCUGCUUCCCUCUUACACAUGAAUGCUACUGUUUGGGCUAGAUAAUGAUUGACAGUGGAAUAAUUGAAUCUGCUAUUACUUUGUAUGAUUCCAAUAAGUAUGGAAGACCCUUAAAACCAAGUGUGUGUGCAGGGCUGUGCUGAGCUUGUCUGAGGCAUGGGGCAGGAGUCUUGUUCCUGGUGUAAAUCAGACAGGUCCUCCGGCCAGCUUAGCCCUCUGAGGCUUGGGGCGAGUGUACCUCUCUGCACUGCCCCCUGCACAGGCCUGCAUGUAAUAACGUAAAAGACGGUAGGUUGCUGCAUUUGAGAAACCGAUGGGAGGAAGUUGAUCUGAAUGUUUGUACUUAACCCUAGUAUUUACUUCUAAAUAUUAAGCACUGAAGUGGCAGAAUUAGCUUAAGAAAAUUGCAUUGUUAGAGCUGAAUAUGCAGUCAACAUUAGGUACUGUACUAGUAUACAUACAUGUUUUUAUGCUCUAUAAGCUGCCCAGAGUGGCUUGGGAAACCCAGCCAGAUGGGCGGGGUAUAAAUAAUAACAUUAUUGUUGUUGUUGUUGUUGUUGUUGUUAUCAGGGCUGUACAAAGGGCUUCCAUAAUAGUGAGAAGCCCCCUGAACCUGUCAAACCUGAAGUCAAAACUACCUCUGAGCGAAAGGAGUUAGCUGACCUGAAGCCUAAAUUUCAAGAACACAUAAUUCAGGCACCAAAGCCUGUGGAAGCAAUACAGAGGCCAAGGUAUUGUCCUGAGAGCGGGCAUUUGUGCCAAAUUACUAUCUAUCUAUCUUACAUAUAUAUGCCCCAUUUUCCAGCGUUUUGGGAGUGGAUAUAUAAUGUUAAAACCUGCUUUAUGUGUAUAUUUUGCAGUUGAGCAGCUUCAGGAUGCAGUCAGAAGGUGCCUUGUUUCUGUGACCAAAUAUCAGGCAAAGGGAAAAAGCGCUUCUUGUCUCUGGGGGGAAUAGUAUGCAUCCAGUAGUGAUGAAACUCUUGGGUCAGAUGGCAGAGCUUCUUUAAACAAGGUAUAGGACAGCAGAGCCAUUUCUCUUCCUCCAGAGCCUGAGCAUCCUUGCUGGGUCUUGGGGCUUAUUCCUCUUCUCUGGGACUGAAAUUGGUUUGCUGUUUUUAGAGUUUGCACGGAUGAAAGUCAUGGGAAAUGGAAAGAGAACAACUAUAGCUUACCGAAUAAGCAUAAGCUUUUCAUAAUGGAAGUUCCCAUUCUAUCCCAGGCACCUCCAGUUAAAGGACCUGGAGGCAAGAGUGCGAAAGGUACUGGAGAGCCACUCCUUGUCAGGCUAGACAGUAUUGGGCUUGAGGGGCCAGUCAUACAAGCUGCUAUAAGGUAGCUUACUGUGUUCAUAUGAAAGUUCUCAAUGAAAAUUCCAGAAAAGUACUUUUCAACCUUUUCAGACCCUGGGUACACCUUUAGUCAGAUCCAAAUUAUAAUCCCUGUUUUUUCAUUUACAGUGGUAACUUGAUUUAAGACCGUAAUCAGUUCCGGAAGUCCGGUCUUAAAACAAAGCGGACUUAAAACAAGGUGUGCUUUCCCAUAGAAAGUAAUUGAAAAUGGAUUGAUCUGUUCUAGACAAUGAACCCCCACCCCCCAAAAAAAAAACCAACAACCCAGCAAUUUAACACAAAUUUUACUGUCUAACGGGACCAUUGAUCCAUAAAAGGCAAUAAUAAUGUACUGUACUGUAAAAUAAAUAACACAGUAUUGUAGAUGGAAAAAAAAUUAACAUUAAUUUUUUUCCUUACGUGCACUGAUGAUAGUCAUUGUUUGAAUGGGGGACUUUUAUCCAUUUCUGCAGUCACACAAUCAGCCAGUAGCUGAACUGGGUUCCCCACAGUCACAAAAACAAGUCACAAAAACGAAAUCACAAGCCACAGUCACAGGUCAGUCCCAUAAAACGAAGUCGCAGUCAGAAAACCGAAAAAGCCGCACAAACCAAAAUGCAAAAAAAAAAAAGCAAAAACGAAACCUCCAAAUAUCAUCUCUGUGUUGCGUGGAUGCUCAGGACUCAACAGCUGGCCGACUCAACAGGAAGCCUCUGAUUAGCAGCGAGGGACUCAAUUAACAAAUGAAACACACUCAACAGGAACCAGACAUUGAAAAGCGACCCCUUAAACAGCAGCCGGGCCUGACUUAUAUAAAAAAAAAUGACUGAACCCGGAGUACUCAUUUCUGGGUUGCAAUUGGACUUAGUCCAAAACGGACUUAGAAUAGACUGGACUUUAGUCAAGGUACCACUGUAUUUAUACACCACUUAUGUGCGCAUGCUGGUGCAGACUACCUUGGGUCAGGCUGCAGCCUAUUUAUCUGUCCUAAUGCACCUGUAAAAUACCAGUGUUCUAGAAGACUUCAUAAGUAUUUUGAAACGAAUUGCUUUUGUCACGUUAAAAAGUAACCCAACUUAUUCCCUCUGCUUUCUUUAGCCCAGAUGAGCCGAUGAGUUGUUUGGAGCUGAAAGUAUCUGCUUCCUUGAAGCAAGCAUUAGAGAAGCUAAAGCUGUCGUCGGGAAACGAAAUUAAAAAAGGUAUAUAGCUUGAUAGGGUUCAUGUUUUUACCUAAUUGAGUGUGUUGUAGCUCAGUGCUAGAUAGGUUCAGUGAAUCUAUUGCUAUUAUUAUUGAACCCCUCCUUGGAGUUCAGAGCACUGAACAUGGAAGUAUCUUGUCUGUAUAGCAGACGGUUCCUGAAAGAUAAACAUCUUGGGUAGAAAAUGUCAUUUGUAUUCUCCUAUAUGCUUGAGUUCUGCUCAUUUCUUUAGAAGAAAAGUGAAUUCUUAAGACUUAUAAAGCAAACUAUUCCUGUUUUACAGAGGAUGAUAGUGAUGAGAUAAAGAUUGGGACUCCAUGUAAAAAUGCAGGCUGUAAAAAGGUAAAUUUCUCAAUGUUAUGGAAAUGUGCCACACUUCAAACCCCCUUAGUUCCCCAUCCUUUUGUAAGUUGCUGAGAACUUUUCUUUGCUGCCAAGCUUAUGCAGGGAAUUAGGUGGUCUUGGAUUUUAGAUUUUAAUGUGGCAUUUAUUGUAUAUAUGCAUGUAUGUUGUUAACUCCUUUGAUUUAUUUUAUGUAUAGCAAUAUAAAAAUAUCUUUAUAAAUAAAGCCAAUCAGUAAGUUAUCACUUCAGUACAGAUCACAUUACCCAAUAUUGCAUGAUGUCUCUCGGCACGCACCAGUAAUUAUUGUAGCAUACAGUUCUUGAAUACAGGUGAGGGAUAUUUGUAUGGGCACGUGUUUUUGCACUGCCAAGAAUGUGAGCUGUUACUCAAUUCUUUUACAGUUAUAAAGUAUUGUGUAAGCUUCUGCGUUACACUUCCAUCAGAAUUUUGUGAUGUGUUUGGUCAGCACUGGCACAUGUAAACAUUUAUGGCUUUCAGAGACUGUUCAGAAAAUCAUUUAUUAUUAAUUUAGUUUAGUCAUGUAACAUCAGUCAGCCUCCUGGCAACUUUCAACAAAAUUAACAGCAUGCAAAAAAAAUUAAUCAAUUUAAAAACAAUCAUAACACAGUACAACCUUUUAGGAUAGGAAAGGAAACCCCAGGCAUAUUAAUAUUAGAGAUUUUCCUAGGUCCAAUUAAAAAGUUACGAAAUAGUCAGCAAGCGUUGUAAGACUAUAUUCUUCAGGCUUAGAUGUUAAAACAAAAAUAGCACAAAAAUAGAGGGAGUUGAGAGCAUGGCAGAAGAGUCCCAUUGUGGGCUAUGGUGCCAUGGUGUAGUUUCAGAAAUGUUAAAAGCGUAAUUUUAGAAUUAAAGGAGAAAUCUCUUUCAUGACUCAAAAGGUUGCAUGGAUGGGAUGGGUCAUGUUAUGGGUCAUGUGGGAGGUGGGGGGCAUUGUUACAAGUUUCUACUUAGAUCCCCAAACGAAUGCUUUGGCACGGAUUGGACCAGUCAACCGGAGGAAACCGAGCUUCUACUUGAUACAACCGCAGUCCUAAAUUUACCUACCUGGGAGUAAGCUCCAUUGAAUUCUAUAGACUUUUUGAGCAGAUGUGCUUGGGAUUGCACUGUAAGCGGCUACCUCAGCUGUUGGGUGGAAGCUGUAAAGCGAUAAUCUAAUGCAAUGACUAGUAAAACGUUAUUUGUCUGUUAUUAUUAUUUCCCUUAGACAUUUGAAGGACCACACAGCAUGGAAGAAACAUGUACAUACCACGCAGGUGUCCCUAUAUUCCAUGAAGGGUUAGUAGUAUGUGUCUUCCUCGAAUUCUCUGUUAACCAUCCGCUAGCUAGGCACAAUGAAACUUGAGAUUAGUUUUGUUGCAGUUGUUUAUAUGAGUCUUUAAAUCUUAAUACACAGGAUGAAAUACUGGAGUUGCUGCAAGAGGAAAACAUCAGACUUCAAUACUUUCUUGUCUCAAGAGGGUUGUGCGACAGGAAUACAUGCAUGGAUUAAGAAGGAUGCUGUAAGUAGCAAGGGCUGUGUUAUUAAUAGCUUACUAUUCUUACCUGUGUUGCUAAACAUUAAUACACCUGCUUGGAUAGACUGACUUGUGUAUGAAACUUUGAAUAUUUCUUUUUCCAUCAUUGGUCAAUCAACUUGCACUUUACAACAACGACUUGCAUGCAGUGAGAUGACAAUAUUUGGACUUUGCAGAAUAAAACAGAGGGCACAAAGUUUAGUGGAGCAACUAACCAGAUAGAACCAUAACAUAGAAGUUGUGCCUCAAUUAAUUAAAGAUCUCUUCAGAAACGUGGUUCUGUCGGUUUCUCUGUUUUUGUUUUCUUUUACCUAGGCUAUAUACUGUACAAUGAUGACAAAUGCUGAAACAUUGACUCGCUUUCCAUCCUGUUAAAGUGAGCUUCUGGCUUCAGCCAUAGAACAUUGGGGGGGGGGGGUGCAAUAACAAUGACAUGGAAGGAAUUGUUAAGAAUCGGUAUGGAAAGAGUCUUAGGCUAUGCCUCCAUAGAGCCCAGUGUACUUUGGAAAAAGAUAAGUAGCAAGGAAAGUAUUUGCAAAUGGGUUGAAACCAUGAUUUGUGUCUUUAACUCUAAUCGCCUACAGGAGAAAAAAGUGGUUCCAUGCAGGCACGAUUGGCAUCAAACUGGAGGUGAAGUGACAAUUUCUAUUUAUGCCAAGAAUUCCGUUCCUGAACUUAGUCAUGUAGAAGCAAAUAGCACGGUGGUGAGUUACCCUAAUUAGCCUGUAUUGUUCCCGUUUUAACUCCAAGUUCAAAUUGAUUGUUUACUGUGGUGGCACCUGCAUUUUGAAACUUCACUGUACUCUUCUCGGCGCCUGCUAAAAACAUUCUUGUUUAGACGAGCUUACUCAGCUGCCUAGAAAGUUUAGGUAAUUUUAACCUGUUUUAGCAUUUUACCACUUGUAUGUUUUAAAGCAGGGUUGUAAAUAUUUCUUGAUUUUACUGUUUUAUCUUGUGUACUGUUCUAUCUUUUUCACAAUCAAGCAAUGUAUAAAUUUUAUGGGGUGAGUGAGUGAAUGAAUGAAUGGAACUCCCACCUGGGCGAAAACCCCUCUGCAUUCUAGCAUUGCAAGCUGAAAUACUGCAUGUUUAGCUACUACUGCUACUGCAUAAUCUUUUCCUUCUCUUCCAGUUAAAUAUCCAUAUUGUCUUCGAAGGUGAUAAGGAAUUUAAUCAGAAUUUGAAUCUAUGGGGUGUAAGUACAUACAUAUUUGCAUUCAAGUAAACUUCAGGCAGGUUCAAAAUCACGACCAGGCGCUUGUAGCAAGAUUAAGUGACAAGAUUAAGUACUACAAGAUAUGUAUAUCUUGCAUUUGUCCUGCUCAGAGUUCAUCCAUUGAAAUUAAUGGACAUGACUAACUUCUGAGUAAAACUUAGUUGGAUAAGUAGAUGCUAACUACAGAAUACCUCUCAUUCAAUAGUCUACUAAUCUCAAUGCAGUUGAAGAUACAAAUCAUAAAAUCUACACUUUCCUUGUUCCUUUUGUAUUCUGAUUUAUUGCAAACCUGAGGCAUUUAAAAUAGUCCACUUUUGUGUAAGAAUAAAUAAACAUCCUGGCAUUGUGAUGAGUAAUAUUAAAGCUGUUCUUGCUCCUCAGUCUUGCUGUAGUUCUGUGCUUAGUUUCCUGAACAUAACUUUCUGCUUUUCCGUUUUGACUGAAUUAGUAAGUAUCUGGUUUAGAAUAAAAUGCUCUUAAGUAAAUGCCAGCCCUUAAACAAUUCACUGUUUCCUCAAUAGCAUCAUAGUCUGUGUGCAAAACAGUCAGGGGUGUGCGUUCAACUUGUAUCUUGGAACAUGUGUCAAUGGGGCAGCACUUACUUGUUUACCUGUAUUCAUGAGACCUUACACUUAGGCUAAUUUUUCUAGUCCUAUAUUGCACAAGGGAAUGUUUAAAUUUUCUCUUACCAAUAGUUACAUUAUUUUUUCUGGGUUUUGCUUCUUUGUUGUUUAAAAACAGUUACUUUAUAGCAGUGAGUUGAAUAAACUCAAUUCUGUAGUGUUAAUCAGGCAUGCAGUUAAGUAGCAAACUGAAAUGUACAUGUCUUCUUCCAGGUAAUUGAUGUGAAAAGGAGUUACGUAAAUAUGACGGCUACAAAGAUUGAGCUCACGAUGAGGAAAGCUGAGCCCAUGUUAUGGGCAGGCUUGGAACUCCCAGUAUCCAAAGUAAAGCCAAAAGAGCAGCAAGAAAUUGCGGCGCAAGCUUGAAAUCUGAGAAGAGGCCAGUUUUUGCCCCUGGUGAAGUGGUGACUUUGCUGUUUUAAUGUAACUUAAUUUUCUGCAUAAUCACAAAAAAAGUUGCAUUCCAGAUUGGGUGUAGUUCUAGGCUUUCCAGUAGCACAAUGUUUGUUUUGUUUGUUGUACUGGAUCUUCCCCAGACGGUUAAGGCUGGUGCUUAUGGAAGUGUUGUGGGUGUGAGCAGCAGCAGUUGGAACCAAUAGCCACAGGCACCUGAGGAAGAUGCCCUUUGCCACCUUCUCAGCACUGCCGUUGCUCGCUGAUUCUCUCCCCCUGGCAAGUCCCUGUUUUUAACACCAGAAAAGGGCUGAGGAAGUUGGUUGUUUGUUUAUUCCUCCCUAUUGUAGGGCAGUGUUAUGCAACCGUUUAUUUGCUUAAGGCUGUGUUAUAUUGUAUGUACUCUGUCAGGGGUGCUUACUGGCAGUGCGUAGGGCCAGGCUCAAUGUUCAUGACCUAAUACAGCUGUCAGUUUUGGCAGCUGCUGCAGCAAUCAACCCUGGACCACGACUUUUAAUUUUAGAAUUCCAAAGCUGUACGUGCAUCCUGGUUCAGCAUCAACAUACGUUCAUAUUGUGGUCCACACUGUGUUAAGAUUUCCUCAGUGCUUGAAAUGUUACUCAGCCAAGUCACCACCUCAGCAGCCUGUGCUUUUUAAUUGUUUUGCCUUGAAAAGAAUUGAUUCUGUGUAAUAAUGCAACUACUCGCUUUAAAUUAUAGCAUGAGGAUUAAAAAGAUAUAUAUACAACAGUGGUUAAGUUAAAUGAGUUUUUUCAUAUUGCGGCCGUUAAUUUCAUUUGUAUAGGGAAACUGGAAAAAGUAGGUGUCUGGAACACCUAAAAAAAAAUUAAGGUUCUUUUUUUUAAAAAAAACAACAACAACUUCUUUUCCUAGUGUUUUUUUCCCUGCAUGGAUGUGUGUUUAAUUUUUGUUGAUGAAGAACAUUUGUUAAAGGUCUCAUCCCUUCAGACCUUUUUAUAAAUUUAUGGAAUAAACAGUUAACCUGGAGCUGGUUUCAUUCAGUUUCUGAUUUCUACAGUGUGAGCAGAAUGAGUGUUUGAACAAGUUUUGGUUAUGUAUUAGGAGUUCAAUUAAACAAAUUCAGUAAAUAUUU